AUGAGUUCAAGUGGUAAGCAAAACCCAAAACUUACGCGAGGUAAGAACAAACGAUUGAACAAUAUUGAAAAGGAAAAUGUUGAUUCAAGAAAAUCGCUGCCAACCACAAGUUUACUUUCUAAAGACAGAGGCAAUUUCCUUUCAUCUUUAUACAAUUCAAACAAUCUGCAAGAGCUGGUUAGAGAUCAACCUUCCUUGAGCAAAAAGUCAAAACCUGUGCGUCAAAUUAGUCAAUUUGAAUUUGAAGAAGAAGAAGAAGAAGAAGGAGAAGAUUUUCAAAGUUCAAGAGAUGCAACGCUGUCACCUCGUCCUUUGUCUGGUACUUUGUCUUCUCGAAAAAGGAAGAAAAGGAAGUUGAACAAUAUACCUAACAAGAUCUUACCAGACGAAUUGGAAACUCCACCUUCAGAUGACCCGUCAGAUGCUGAUUCUUACUCUUCGGAUAAUGUGUUUAGUCUACCAAAACCUGUGACAAAAUCAAACACCAAUGCAAAGACUAAAGCAAAGGGGAAGGUAAGCGCUGAAGAGCCUGUACUUGCACCACCACAGUCAAAGUCAAAGCCAAAGCCAAAGCCAAAAUUAAAUCAAGAUUCAAAACCCACCAAACAAAAGACUUCAACGACAAAGCAAUCAGCAACAGCAAAUACAAAUACAAAUACAAAUACAAAUACAAAACCAAGGACGAAAACGAAAACGAAAAAUAAUUCACGGCCGCGACAAAGCUCUUCAAGUGAUAAGUUGCGUUCUCCUUUGAAAGGCAAUUUAUUUGUUGAUGAAUUGAGUUCAUCGCAACUACUGGGAACUGGGAGGAAAUUGUCCGGUGCAUACCGAGGGAAAAGGUUAAGCUCUAUAGGUUUUGCCGGUGAGAUGCAUCUGGAUAUACCGCUGUCUAAUUAUCAUAAGCUACUAGACCAAACAGUUUCAGAGGACGACAAAUUGAGGCAAUUGCUAAUAUGGAACCUCAAGGCACAACUCGAUAAGAAUGUAAAAGAUUUCAAGAACCUGCAUUAUGCUAAAAAUUCAGAGGAGAGCACUAUACAUGAGAUUGGCAAAACGAUUAAGGAGGAGUUGAUACAGCUGCUUAUAGACGGUACUCUCUCGACUGGUUGGAGGACUGUAGGUCAGAAUUCUGACUCUGGGGAAGAUGCAGUGCUCUUGCCCAAUCCGAAGAAUAAGGCAAAUCUUGAAAACAUCAAGUAUUACUCCAAAUCUUUGCAAAACCUUGAAAAACAGUUAAUUGAUUGGGAGAGUGCUUAUAAACAGAGUAUUGCCCCCAUUGAAAAAUUGAUUUUCAGAGCAAAGGACAGGGACGACUACAUGAAUAGAAUCAACGGGUUGAGCAGCCAAGCCGUCGAUGGUCUCAAUGCUGAUUUUAAAGUGAUUGAGGACAAUUACAACCAAACAAAAACUGAUUUAAUGCAAGCCCAGCCACUAGCUGACAAACUUUAUCAUACAGGAUACCAAAUGGAUAAGGCAACAGAACUUGUUCUGCAAGUUGAAAAUGGUAAAAUACAGAAGCAGAUUUUCAGAGCUCUACAUGGUGUGACGCUGCCGUUGGGCUUAGAGUCUAAAGCUGUGCCAGUGCGAAGAAAGCACAAUGUUGUAAAAACAGCAAAUUUGUUAAAAGCUGUUUGUCGAACAAACUAUGAACAGCCAAAGACCAUGCUGUGA